UAUAGGUGAGUUUGGAAUUGUCUAUAGAGCAUUAAUGACAUUAAAAAGUGAUGAGAUGCCACAAGUUGUUGCUAUCAAAACGCUGAAAGGGCUUUUUUCAAAGAGUGACAUUCAUUCUUUUGUUGAAGAGUGUAUUACUAUGUCAAAUUUUGAUGAUCCAAAUAUACUACCACUCUUUGGUGUGAGUCUUGAUCUAGGACCAGCUCCAUGCAUUAUCAUGCCUUUCAUGUCAAGAGGAAGUUUAUUGUCUUACUUGGAAAAAGAAAGACCUAAUCUCACAGUGACAGAUAUCAGUGAUAAAGAUGCUGUACUUAAUGUUAGGAAACAGUUACUCUGCAUAUGUUUACAAGUUGCUAAAGGAAUGUUCUAUCUGGCUUCACAACAUUUUGUCCAUCGUGACCUUGCUGCAAGAAAUUGCAUGAUUGAUGAAAAUGGUAUCAUCAAGAUUGCUAAUUUUGGUCUAACAGAAGAUAUUUACAUGGAAUGCUAUUUCAAUCAGUUUACUGAUGAAAGCGAAUCGUCAAAAAAUGUUAAACUUCCAGUUAAGUGGAUGGCAAUUGAAAGUCUUUGUCAUGGAAUAUUCAGUCAAAAAUCUGAUGUGGUUAGUACCAGACCUGAAUGA